AUGGAUUAUUCAAUCAUCAUCUAUUUUCUUGCGAUAUUUAUUCAAAUAACAGUUACAUUCGAAUAUAAUGAUGAUUAUGAUGUUGAACAACAAGUAGCAUCACAAUCAUUUGUGCCAAUUUCGGAGCCAAUUGACCAUUUAAGUUCAUCAAUAUUUGAUUCUUUAUCUCAAUCGAAUCUAUCAUUAACAUCAUUCUUAUUUACUGAUCACACAAUCAAUCUGGAUGGUCUUGGUAUAUCAAAUAUAGAACCAAAUACAUUCGUUAAUUAUCAUGUACCAGUUACAACAAUAAUAUUAGCUUCAAAUUUUCUUUCUUACCUUCCAAAUAAUAUUUUUCAAUCAUUUAGUUCAACUCUUAUUAAUCUUAAUUUACAACGUAAUCAAUUUCGUUCACUUUUGAAUAAUUGUUUUUUACGCCAUCUCGAACAAUUACGUACACUUGAUUUAAGUAAAAAUCAAUUACAUGAAUUACAUAAACAAGAUUUCACUGAUCUUAGACGUUUAGAAACAUUGAUAUUACGUGAAAAUAAAUUAACCUAUCUACCCUAUGCUAUAUUUAGUCGAUGCCGAACGAUAAUUACACUUGAUUUAUCCGAUAAUCAAAUAUCUAUAAUGGAUCCCAAUGCAUUUCGUUCAUUAUAUCGUUUAAAAACUCUUCUUUUGAGUAAUAAUCCAUUAGGGCAACGUUUAUUAACACAUCAAUUAAUGAAGCCAAUCAAAAAUCUGGAAUAUCUCGAUCUUGAAAACACUCAAUUAAAUGAUCUUUCACCAUUUCUAUUCAUUUCCAAUCAACAUUUGCUAUCAAUUAAAUUGAGAAGAAAUAAUUUUCAAACAAAAGUAAACGACUCAUCUCAUAGUUUACAACGAACAUUUUGUCGUGCCGGUUCAUUAAUCGAAAUUGAUCUUGUAAGUACACAUUUACGCUCACUUGACGUUUGUACUUAUGAUCAAAUUCCAUCAUUGCGACGUCUUUAUUUAAUGGACAAUCCACUUCAUUGUACAUGUGAUUUAUUUUAUUUAAAAUAUGGUGAUAUCUAUCGAGUUUUAUUAACUGAUGGAAAUGGUAUUGAUCGUGUACAUACAGAUAUUGAUACCUACCUUGAUCAAUGGAUAUUAAGGCCAGAACUUCGACGUCACUUAGAAAAAGCACAUGCACGUGGUGAUUUUUAUCGAUUACCUAUAGAAUUGUCGUUAUUUGCACGAUGUGCAACACCUAAACAAUGGUUAGGACGUGAAAUUGGAAAUAUUACAGGAAUUUUUACACAAUGUCAACAACGAUGGUCUCAUAUUGAACAAGAAUGCCAAAAUUAUUGUCAAUUAGAUAAGCAAAUGGAAGCAUCCAUGACAACAAUUAAAAACACUGCUUCGAAAUCCACUCAAUCUAGUUCUUUCUUUGUUGAAUUAUAUUCUGUAGUGUUAGCAUUUCUGCUUCGUAUUUGA